AUGGUUCUAGCAUUAACUGCCAAGAAAAAGAUAGGAUUCGUGAAUGGCAAGAUUGCAAAGCCUAAAGAUGAUUCUUCUCUGUACGAAGAUUGGGAAAGUUGUAACACAAUGGGAAAUGGACCAAAGAUUUAUAAUCUUCAGCAAGAAAUUUCACAGAUAACUCAGGGACAAUUGUCAGUGACUGAAUAUUACUCUAAAUUUAAGAAGCUUUGGGAUCAAUUGAUUCAUUAUGAACCUUUACCAGCCUGUACUUGUGGAGCAAUGAAAAUUCUGAGCAUUGCACAUGAGAAAUCUUAUGUGAUGAGGUUCUUGAUGGGGCUCAAUGAGAGUUUUGAGAUAGUGAGGAGUCAUAUUCUCAUGAUUAAGCCAUUUCCUUCAAUGAGCAAGGUGUAUGCUCUGGUUCUCCAAGAAGAAUCUCACAAAGGCAUUGGACAUGGUUCUACCUUCACACCUAGGCCUAAUUCAAUGGCAAUGUAUGCCAAUACUAGGGGAUAUUCAGGUAAUAAAGGUGGUCCUAAGAAGGAAAGACCUUUGUGCACCCAUUGUAACAUGCUUGGACACACUGUGGACAAGUGUUACAAGCUCCACGGGUAUCCACCAAGUUAUAAGCACAAAUGGAAGCCUAAUUCCAAUGCUAACCAAGUUUUAUAUCCUCAAAGUCAAGCUGUUGAGGUUCCUUCUAAUGCAUUUGCUCAGUGUCGUAUUUCUAAGGCAUAG